ACAUCAAAUGCUACGACGGAAAACGAUCAUAUACGAACUGAAGACACACAAUGUGGGAUGUGUUCGAAAUGAGCCCGACUACGGUCUUAGUUCUUGCCGUUGUUCUAGCUCUGUUGUGGCUGUCCACGCAGCGACCCCCGGGGCUUCCCCCCGGCCCCCCUCUUCUCCCUGUUUUGGGGAACGCCCUAUGUAUGGGGUCCGAUCCCCGGAUUACGUUCCAUAACCUCCGACAAAAGUACGGCGAUAUCUUUAGCGUUUACGUCUUUCAUAAGCCCAUCAUCGUCCUCAACGGCUACGAUGUUCUGAAAAGCGCAGUCGUCAAGAACUCCGACGUCUUCUCCGACAGACCACGCUCACUACUGAAUGACUUCAUAUUAAGGAGAAAAGGUGUGGUAGCCAGCUCGGGUGAUCUAUGGCGUGAACAGAGACGGUUUGCUCUCUGCACUCUGAGAGAAUUCGGGGUCGGUAGAUCAAUCAUGGAAGACAAAAUACACAACGAAGUCUCGCAGUUUCUCGCAGCAUGGGAGAUGGAGAAGAGUGAGGGCUUUGACUGUAUGCGACUUGUUCAUAACGCGGCGGCCAAUGUCAUCUGCUCAACCGCAUUUGGGAAGCGUUUUGAGUAUUCGGAUCCUCUUUUUACCAACUUUCUAAAAGCAAUAGAGGAAUGUUUUGCCACAACCGGAGCAUCAGCUGUGUUGAACAUUUUACCAAUGUUGCGCUUCCUGCCUGGUGAUAUGUUUGGAUUUAAGAGAACCAUGGACAAUGUCAGAAUGAUCGAGUCACUCUUCAUACUGCCUGUUAUAGAGGAACACUUAAACACACACGACGACAACAACGUGGACAACUUCAUUUAUGCAUACAUCAAGGAAAUGCGACGUCGCCAAAAACAGCAAAAAGACACAACUUUGAACUUGGACAAUUUACGCACAGUUAUCACUGACCUGUUUGUUGCCGGAUCGGAAUCGAUUGCCACCACCAUACGUUGGGCACUGGUCUACUUCCUGAACUACCCGGAUGUACAAGAGAAGUGCUUCCAGGAGAUUCUGGAAAACGUCGGUCAGAGCAGACGACCAUCCAUGAAGGACAAGUCGAACCUCCCCUACGUGGAGGCCACCAUUAUGGAAGUGUUGAGACGGGCUGACAUUGCUCCCGUCAGUGCCCUUCACACCGUCCCUUACGAUGUCCACUUCAGGGGAUUCAACUUCCCCAAAGGCGUCCCAGUUGCACUGAUGCUUGAUUCGGUGCUUCAAGACCCGGAUGUUUGGGUAGAUCCAGAUCAGUUUCGUCCGGAGCGUUUCCUUGACGACAAAGGCAAAAUCCGAAAGAAUGACGAGUUCAUCCCCUUUUCUCUUGGCCGACGAGUUUGCCUCGGCGAAGCGAUGGCCCGAAUGGAACUCUUUCUCUUCCUCACCACCAUGAUCCAGAGAUUCCAUUUCCUGCCGGUGAAUGGACAGAAACCUCCUCUACAAGGAACUGUCGGCUUAACUCACUCCCCGAAAUCAUUCCUUAUAAAAUCCAUUCCCAGGGUUCAGUCUUCAUCCAGUCAUAAUAGUAACGUGUGAAAAUAUUAAAAAUGGGAAAAGGCAAAAUAGUGCUAUAAUCAUACUGACAUCAGGUGUAAGUUCAAUGUAAUUGUUUAAGAAGAAUUGAAAUAACUGACCAUGUAAUUAAAUAUUUUGGGUUGUGAGAGACGCUGAAACACGACUAUUUGAACAGACUGGUCGGCUCGGAGACUCUCUAUAUACCGCUGACCCGGUUUACACACUACGUAUGUCGCAACAAUGAGGACAGUGUCGUCAUUACACUGUACGAGUUCCUAUAAAUAUAUUUUGACGCAAGUAUUUUCACACAGCUUAAGUUCAUAUUCUGACUUUGUGUGCUGGUGAUUAGGUCCUUGAGAGUGUGCGUUUGAAUCCCAGAUGGGACUCAACCGUACAAGAAUCUUACUUACUAGAAUCUGUACUUUACUGAGAAAGUGUAAUCCCAAAUGAAAUGUGAUACAUUUGACCACUUUCUUAAUGACAUUGUCUAACAGUUGUCUGCUCAAAGCAUUCCGAUUGUUUCAACAGCACGUGUGUAUGAACCACUGUCGAGCAGUGAUACCACCACGUGUUCGCGACGUGAGCAUAUUCUCCCCCGCAAAUGGCAACAUCACAAACGCGUGCAGAGACAAGUCAAAUUUUCAUCUAAGUUCCUGGACGUAUUCGUAACAACGCAACAGUGUUAUAAUCAAUCUUGUUGCCACUGGCUAGUACGAAGGGGAAGUGUCUCUCUUUAUUUAUACUUCUAUAAACAGGAGACACAGUGUAUUCUAUCAUUGUUUAUAAAGUCAGUGUCUGUAACGUCACGUCUCUUUGCAAUGACACCAGGCCACAUCGUCGGAGACAAACUGCAUUCACUUUUCAUGUUGUUUUUGUUUACUCCAAAAAUAUUCCUUCAAUAUUGAAAUUGAUAUCAGUGACUGUUACUGGAACAUCCCUUGAUUGUAUUACAGCCUAUUCAUCUCAUUGUUUUGUAAUUCUGUGUGGAAUAAAGGCAAAUCUUCUUAUCA